AUGUCUUUUCCAGUUCCAAUCAUGGUGGCAGGAAAUAAUUACACCUUCAGGGUUGCCUACAAAGACAACCCAGGACUACCAACUCCUCAUUACGAAAUCGCCAUGCGCAAAAACGAUGACAAAGUUUGCACAUGCUACUUUCCCCAGGAGCUGAUAGAAUCCGACCAGGACAUUGUAUUUGACAUCCGCGGUCCAGAUUCAAGCAGCUGGGUAUACAUUUUCGAUACAAACAACCAAUUAUUUGUCUCCUCCAGCAUAAAAUCAAUGGGGCGACUCUCAGACUAUUUAGUCCAUCGCGUCGAUAUGGCCAAGCCAUCGCCUCGGACCUUUGUGGACAGAAACCUUGAAUACGGAAAAUGGAAGACCCUCGAUGUUAUAGUACUUCCUUGCGACCACCCAUUGGGAGGAACGGUGAUCAACAGCAUGUACGAUAUAGAAACGGAUACGUAUGUGGCGAAAUUCAGAAUGUAUCUUCUAUCAUAUGACACGCUGAUAAAGACAGGAAUUGCCCGUUGA